ACCAAACUCACCUCAACGUCCAAAGCAAGCUCCACUAUGGCAACUUCUCCAUCCAAGUUGGCCCAGCAAGUGUCUUCGCCUGCUAACUCUGAUAGACCAGACAUAGUGGCAGCGCCAGUGGCAGAAGAAGCACUCAGAAACUUACUUACUCAUCUCAAUCUUGCUGAAGCAACAACAGCAACAGCAUCUCCAGCUGCAGAAGCAGUGAUAUCAUCACGCAAGAAGAAUGAUGAUGAAGACACUACAAGCUGGACAAGUGACGAUUUUGAUUUGCUCAGCUCUGGUCGUUCUAUCAGCAGUAUUGAUAGAAAUCACAAUAAACACAGUGAUGAGGAUUCAUUCCAAGAAAUUACAUACGAAAGCGACGACUACUCAGAUUGGAGUUCCGAUAGCAAUGGCUCGUCUGUUGCUACCCCUCGACAAGCUCGGCCUUUGUCACAGUCUCAAUCUCAGUCUCAGUCACAUUCACCCCAGUCUUCGCCAACGGGUCCUUCGUUCCCUUCACCUUCUGCACCACCUGCGUCAGAGCCAUUAAAUACUACUGAUGCUGCUGCUGAUAGCGAUAGUGAUGGUGAUAGUGAUGAUGAUGAUGCGACCGAUUCCAUUACGGUUGUAGCAAUGGUUUCUACAACUGCACCAGUAGUAGGAUCCUCAAAUGUGGCACUACUGCCGAUAGUUACAAAGAAGGUUAACUGUGCGCGAAAUUAUUCACAACUUCAGUCAAAGAGCUCCAGACGUAAUCGAAGCCACAAGAGAGAUUGUCAUGGCCGUAAUGCUCCACCAGCACCAGUAUCAGCCGCAACGGAUAGGGAUGUGGCUAUUAUUGAGCAAAUUCCGAACUCAUUAUGGGUCAAAAUCUGCUCGUACCUGUAUCCAUCUCAACUAGCGCGUCUUUCACAGGCAAACAAGAUGCUAUACAAGGUUGUGACGGGGCUUUCUUGUUGGACCCUGUGGUACAACAACAGGAUGCAUGGGCUACCAAAAGUCACAGUACAAAAAAUUCCCGAAUUAAUGGCGUCACACAACUUUAUGCUUUAUAUGUGCGUGCUAAGUCUACAAUUGUGUGAACAAUGCUUCCGCAAGUGCGACGGACGACGACAACCAGCUGGAAUGACAGUAAUGCCCUUGCCCGUAGCAUGGCAGCCCUCCUCAUUGCUACCUCCACAGUGUACACAAGAUCGUAAACAACAUGGUGAUAAGGGACAUCGGGAACAAGCGCAAGAAAAGCAGUGGACAAUUCGACUCUGCUUAAAUUGUCGUAAACAACAUUUUGAGAAAUAUCCCGAACCACUCCCCGAGGCCCUUAUGGUUGCUAAAGCAACGGUUUAUAAAACAAAAAGGGAGAUGAGGGCAGCAUAUCACCUUGGCCGACGGCAGUUUCAAAAGAUUAAGGAUCGAAAAUCAUCUGGAACAGCGAAGAAUAGAGGAACACCACCUGUGUUAUAUUCAGAGGCUGAGAUAUUACGCAGAGCCCGUGAGAUGCAUGGUGGUGAUGUUGGAGUCCAAGCGUUCGGUAACGACGUGUCAGGUCUGUGGGAGACGAUGGUGCAUCGUUGCGCCGAGUACCAUCAUCGACGAAUGGAGGCGGAACAGGCUCUUAAAGAAGGCAGCAACGAAAAGUAAAAAGCUGGAGUGUGUUGAGGUCAGACAAGCUGACAAACUCAGCAUGUUUUGCAUAAGUCACAAAAGG